GAUCUAGGAAACAGGAAUUCUAACGUUCAACUGUAGAAAGUAACGAUGGCUUCCCUUGGGAGAAUCGGAAAUGUGAUGGGCAAUAUAGAUGACACUGAGAAAGGUGGUCCUGAGGUCGGUUGUCUCCCCUACAUAGAUGGAUGUUGGGAUCUAGCUGACCUCUCCUGUAGUCAGACUUCCGAGCGGACCUGGACCUUUUCGCAUGCUGCUUGUGCUGUUCUGCUAACAACAACAUACUUCUUUUCUUGACAGCAGAAGCUCCAACACCAACAUCUCGUCCUCCGAUGUCAUUCGAAGUUGAUGGAUCUGGUUCAAACUCGGGACCAUUGAUCGCACCCACCAGUUGUCGCUGUCACCACCAGAGCACACCACGGAAUGCUGCUUGCACUUAGAGCAGUCACCUGUGUAGCAGGAUACAGUAGCAUCUAACACUGCAGGCUCAGAGUUGGAUUCUUCAGCUGUAGCAGUUGCUGGCCGUAGUAUCCGUGUUGGACAUGGUCUGUCUCCAGUAUCUGAUGCUAGGGAAAGGCCAUCAGGACUAGGCUUGGUGAUCAGCUGAAAUUCCUGGGUGGUCAGUCUUCUGGUCAGAGCUGGUCUCUCUUCUCUGGUGACAGGUAGACAACUCAAGGUCUGUGAAGGCGGUAGUGGUUGAAGGUGUCAUUCGUGACAAGUAAUGUACAGAGCAUACGUAGAGGCGUUAAGAAUGACUUCUACCAAAACAUCAUCGAAUCUGAAAAUUGUUAUGUUUGUCGGGUCGGCAAGGGAUGGAAGACUUGGAGAAAGAGUGAAGCAGUUUAUGGUGAAGCAACUGGAAUCCAGACAAUAUGAUAUUAGUGUUAUUGAUGCAGCUGAUAACGAAUUUAGUAUGCUGAAUAAACCAGUGUUUUUUUAUGGUAAAGAUAGAGAAGGAGCUCCACCAUUUCUGGUGGAGAAGGAGAAACUUGUCAAGGAAGCAGAUGCCUAUGUGAUUAUCUCCCCUGAAUACAACCACUGUAUACCACCAGGUCUCUCAAACAUGAUUGACCAUUUUGGAGGCAGUUGUUUCUCCAAGAAACCAAGUGGCCUUGUCACAUACUCAGCAGGGCAAUAUGGAGGGAUGCGUGCAGCCAUGCAACUAAGAGCACUGACUGGAGAACUAGGAUGUCUCAGCGUGUCCAAUAUAUUUGGUAUACCUUCUGCCCAGAAAUCUCUAGAUUCUGAAGGAAACCCGCUCAAUGAACACAUGGAAUCUGGUGCAAACAAAUUGCUUACCCAGUUGGACUGGAUGGCAUGGGCAAUGAAAAAUCAUCGUGCCGUUUCAAACGUAGACUUUUAAUACAGAGUCAUGAGGGUUCAGUUAUAGAUGAUAUGCUUUACUUCAAAGAAAAUUUGAGGAAUUUAUAUAUUUUUGAAAAGAAUUAGUUUGGAAUAGUGGUGGAUCCCAAGGUCAUGUAGUUGAUUUAGUAUGUGUUUAUAAUCUUCAUUAUGCAGACCUGUUCUACACCACUAACGUCAUUAUUUAAGUUUGUGUAGGUGUGGUAGAAUCAACUUGCCAUUAUUUAAGUUUGUGUAGGUGUGGUAGAAUCACUAUUAGUUGAAAUUUUAAUUUUAUUUUCUAUUUUUGUUUCUGUCUUAUUACAGUUUUGAAAAAAAAAAAAAAAAAAAAUAUACCUGGAAAAUGUCUGCGUACCACACUUCACGAACUUUAGAUCUUAUCAGUGAUAUGAGUUGAAAAAGUGUUGAUACCUUUAUGGUGUCCCACCUAAACUUUAGGUUAGUUCUUAGUUCCAUAUGAAAAAAAAAUAAAAGCUUACUGGAAACCAUGUAUAGCACAACAAAUUUCUGUACAUGAAAAAUUACAGAGGUACUACAUCUAAAUCAAAGUUGAAGUAUAUCAAUUUUACCAACAGAGUCACUUUAUUGUUAUCGCAGAGACAAUGGUAAACAAGAUGUUUUUUUCAUGACAUAUAAGGAUGUAGAGAAGAUAUUUACCUUGCACAAAUCUCACCAUUCUUUGUAAAAUCUAGAACGUCCCUGUUUAGCGGAUGUAUUUUUGCCUUUGAAAAACUGGAACUAAAUAUGACUUCAUUUUGUAUCAUGUAACUAUCCAAAAAGAUUUGUAUAAUGUAACUAUUACUAGAAUUUGUAUAAUACGACUAUCAAAUUGGAAACAUAGAUCUGACCUUCAAUGUAUUAUUUGUCUAUUAACAUUAAUCAUUUCAUUAAAAUUAAUUUUCAAGUUAAUCACAUGCAUAUAUAUUACAAGACAAUAAAAUGUGUUUUAAGGUAUUUUCAUUCAAGAUUCAAAGCACUUGAUGUCCUAUUAAUUAAAACAGAAAGGUAACUACACCAAAAACCCAUUAAAAUGUUCCAGGACUAUUGGUAAUAUAUGAGUGAGAAUUGAUGAUCAGGUUUGGUGUAUUUACAUUUCUAGAUGUUUAGUUUAUAGUUUCUAAUUGAAACUGUUAUUGUAUGUAGUGUUGUUUUUUUUUUAAUUGUUUACAUAUACAUUGUAGUUUGCUGACUAUGUACUUACUUCUGAAUAAUUUACAUUUAAUUUCAUCUUUGCUGAUUUUUAAUUAAGUUUAUAUAGUGUUUGUAUGUGAUGUUCAGUGUCUGGUUAUAUCUUUUAGCUCUGUUUAUGCUCAGUAAUAUUUUCACACACAUUUACAGCAAAUAAAAAAAAUUUCCCUGAGCUUAAAAGUUUGCAAAUUUACCCCAAAUAAAGCAAAGAUCAGGAAUAUUUGUGUGAUUUCAAAAAGUCAUCAGUACAUUAUCCUAUACACUUUAUAAAGGCAGAGACAGCCUAUGAAAUUCAACUAGAUAAAAAAGAAUACACAACUUGUGGUAGUUUCAAGUA